AGCCAAGCACAGUGUGUACAUUGAAAUUAAUUCAGUUGAAAUGUAUUUUAGUCUUAUUUAUACACUUAAAAAAACAUGUAGCCUAAUACAUUUUAAAACCCUUUGCAUUGUAUUUUCAGUAAUUACUGUCAUGACAGUCAUGAUGCUGAUUUUUUUUUUUUUUUACUUUUACAGGUUGGGCGUUUAUUAUUGAUAUUUUAGAGGAAAAAAAGAUGCCAGAAAACUCAAGUUUGAAGCACGAGCUAUUCGCUAUAAUAAACAAAAAUAUUAAUUAUUUUUCAUUGACGCAAUACAUCAUUACAAGAUGCAAAAAUUUACUUCCAAACAAAACUGGUAGCCCGUGAUUUUGUAGUGAAGCACAAAUAAGGCAAUUCCCUAUGUUAAUAUUUAUGAAAUAAAAAAACAAUAAAAAUUAUUCCCUUAAAUUAAAAAUUAACAAGGAGCAACUUCUUUUAUCAAAGAUAAUUUUGGCCUUUCUCCAUGAAGAAACAUCGUCCUCUACAGUGUUUUUUAAUUAACUAAUUCCGCAUAACUACUUUUGAAAAAAUAAAAAUAAAAAUAAAAACAUUUGAUUCACUAUAAAUUAAACUCAAAUGCUAUUAUAAUUGAAAUUGCACACCCUUCUCAGUGACAAAAGCAUUUGGAGACAUGCUUUAUUCUGACAAAUGCAUGUUUAAAGCUGGUUAAAACUGUUUGCUGCAUACGCCUCUAACUUGAACGAACACAAGCGCGCCUUGGCCCAAAGCCCUGCACACUUUAGACGGUCACUGCUGAUGUCAGUGACGCAGUAGAGAUGAGCCCGCACUGCAGGACAAUCCCUCAGAUUAGCGCCUUGACCCGCAUGGUUCACCUGACUCACCAUCCAGAGGAGCUGACACAAACCUGACCUAGAUUUCCUAUACUUUUAUGAAACAUUCUAGUCGGACAAAAAAGGCGGAUUGUAGUCCUUUAUCCAAGGGUUUUUGGACUGAAGUCUUGUCUCAGACACCAUGGAGCCGUGACAGGUUUUGUGCAGAUUUUCUAUUUUUUGCAGGACUAUUAUUUUUUUUCUCAUCCAUCUUCAGAGAGCCUAUAAUGAAGCAUACUCCUGUUUCCGGUGGAAACGUGGGCUUUAAUCCUCCCCGAUUACUGCGCACAAAUGGAUUGCGUCCUGUCGGACAGCUGGGGACAUAGGCCUUUAUUGUCUGACGAAUCUCAUGCGCAGCUGAACUGAACUCAUCGGAUCCAUCAUAACCCAUUUUCUCCAUUGGUGCCAAAAUGAAGAGAGCCGUACUCAAAGAAGCCAUAAAGCGGUUACCUUGGCUGGCCAACGUCACUCUGUACGGCUGCGUGUUCGCUGGCGGUGACCUGGUCCACCAGCUCAUCGCUCAGAAGGAGCACAUGGACUGGAAACACACCCGUAAUGUCGCCAUCGUGGCAAUCAGUUUCCAUGGAAACUUUAAUUACUUCUGGCUCCGCGCACUGGAGAGACGCUUCCCUGGAAAAUCCGCUGGGAUGGUUUUCCGCAAACUCCUGCUGGACCAAAGCUUCGCCUCUCCUUUGGCCACCAGUGUCUUCUACACAGGCGUGAGCUACCUGGAGGGUAAAGAGGACGUAUUUGAAGACUGGAGGGAGAAAUUCUUCAACACCUGGAGGACUGGACUCAUGUACUGGCCGUUCAUGCAGUUUCUUAACUUCGUCCUGAUGCCGUUGCACAUGCGAACAGCCUUCAUGGGCUGCUGUGCCUUCCUCUGGGCCAUAUUCCUGUGCUUCUCACGCCAGGAUGGUGAUGGCACUGCCACCGUGGCUCUAGCUUUUGUCAUGGAUCCCCGUAAAACUCUGGAGGAGAUGCGUGAAGCUCGGCUGGCCAGAAAGAGGCAAAAGAUGCAGAGAGAAAACUAAAGGAGGCGAGGAACAGGAGGAGGAAGAUGCAGCUCUGGGCCUUUGAAGGCCAAAAGACAACAAAUUCACAGAAGUCACUUUUGUCGCAUGCGCACAUUUACUUGACAGAUGAGUUUUAAAAGUCGAGGAAGACAAUGUCAACUGUGUUUGUGAGCAUUUAUCAGACACGGAAAGUCUGAAAUUGUCAGAAACUCUAAAUGUACCCAUUUCAAGGCUGGCACAGCAGGAGGAGGAAUAAAAACCAGUCCAGCAGCCUUUUAUUAGGCAUUAGGUUGACCAAAAGGUAAAAUGCUUAAAGAGCAAGUCACCCCCAAAUCACAUUUUUUUGCUGAUAAACUAUAUAAAGGAGUGUCUAAUUGUGCUGCAGACACAUGUAGUCAAUAAUUUGGCAGUUCAGUGCAUCUUUGUUAAAAUUCAAAUAUUCUACCUAAAACUGUCAGUGUUGCGCCGUCGUCAGGGAAAAAUUCUGCACUGUAUUUGAAUUUAAAUCUGCUACCGCUAUUGGCUAAGAGGUAUGCUAUGAUGUCAUCUGGUAUAUUAUGAUGUCAUAAUGCCAUUGUGAGCCUGUGUGUGUGUGUAUUUGUUAGCGGCUCUGCCCUCUCGGUCUGCCAAGCAACAG